GUCACUGAGGGAAAUGCACCCCCGACGGACGCUUAACACCUGCUGACACUGUGAAACAAGGGGAAGAGGUACAAGUUGGAGGUCAUUAGGACACACAGUCAUUAGUCACAGCAGCAUCAUGCCGCGAUGUUUACACUGCAAGCAGCCAGAAAGUGGGAACACCAAUUCAAUUGUCAACCUUUGGAGCCCUCGAAGGAGGCGCACUCGAGAUACCCAGACCUGGAAAUAAUGGCUGUUGUCAACGAAGGGGCCCUGAAAAAAAUGUUGAAGCAAUACAAAUACAGGGACCUGACUGUUCGUGAAAUCACUAACGUCAUCUCUCAGUACAAAGACUUGAAGCCCGUCAUGGAUGGCUAUGUGUUCAACGAUGGCUCUACAAGGGACCUGAUGAGUUUAACAGGAACAGUCCCUGUAAGCUAUAGAGGCAACGUCUACAACAUCCCAGUGUGUCUUUGGUUGCUCGACACGUAUCCCUUUAACCCCCCAAUUUGUUUUGUUAAACCUACGAGCACCAUGAUGAUUAAAACUGGUAAACAUAUCGAUGCCAACGGAAAAAUAUACCUACCCUAUCUACAUGAGUGGAAGCAUCCUCAGUCAGACCUCUAUGGUCUCAUUCAGGUGAUGAUUGUGGUUUUCGGAGAGGAGCCGCCAGUGUUUUCUCGGCCUACCACACAAGCAUCUUACCAAGCUUUCCAAGCUGCGGGACCUCCUACUACUUCUUACGUACCUGCCAUGCCUGCAGUUUCACCUUACGGGCCAAGUCCUAAUACGGGAGGCUAUCCAGGUUACCAGUACACAGGGGGCAACUCUUACCCAGCUACUUCUGGUCCAACACACUACCCCACCCAGAGUCCUGUGUCCACAGUGGGCUCCAAUAGAGAUGGCACCAUAGGCGAGGACACGAUCCGUGCGUCGCUGAUCUCUGCUGUUAGUGACAAGCUCCGCUGGAGGAUGAAGGAGGAAAUGGACAGGGCUCAGGCUGAGUUGGAUGCCCUCAAGCGCACAGAAGAAGACCUCAAAAAGGGCCAUCAGAAACUUGAAGACAUGAUCUCAAGAUUGGGCCAGGAAGUGGCCGACGUGGACAGGAACAUCGAGUUGCUAAAGCGCAAGGACGAGGAGCUGAGCGAGGCCCUGGAAAAGAUGGAGAACCAGUCGGAGAACAAUGACAUUGAUGAUAUCAUUGUGCCGACGGCUCCCCUAUACAAACAGAUCCUGAAUCUCUACGCUGAGGAAAAUGCCAUUGAGGACACCAUCUUCUACCUGGGAGAGGCCCUCCGCAGGGGGGUCAUAGAUCUGGAGGUUUUUCUCAAGCACGUACGGCUUCUGUCCAGAAAGCAGUUUCAGCUCCGUGCCCUCAUGCAGAAAGCCCGCAAGACCGCUGGCCUAAGUGACCUCUACUGAGCGUCACUAACACAAGACAAACAUCUAUCUCUUCAAGCCCUCUAAUUCUCUUUCUUUUCUGUGUUGUAUCCCAUCUUUAACGGGCAGUGCAG